GAAUCUACUUAUCGACCCGCCCGGCACUCGCUCAAGUUCUCGGUUAAGGAAUUUGCUGACACAUUACUCACCUCGCUUAGUAAGCCUAGACGGGAACGUUACCGGCUCCUUCCAAAACGUGGUGAAUGAUUGUCAAAAUAAGCCAACAUCUGAAAAAUAUUGAGAGAAAAGAAGAAAAGUCGACUGUGAAUAUGACAUUAACAGAUAUUAACAACAAUACAGCGGAGCAAAGAAACAUGGCGAAAAUAAGUUUUACAUUCAAAGAAACCUUACAACAGGCUGUGAAAGAGGGAAGAAUAACCAUUGGUGGUUAUCAGUGUGCCAAACAAAUGCAAGGGAAGUCGGACAGAUUUGCGUUCUGUGUAUUCCCUGAGCAGACCACUGAUGACGCCAUGACGAGCAUCGAGAGAAUUCUAUUAGAGGCAUAUUGUAGGGAACAUCGCAUUAGAAUUGUGAGGGUCGACAAUUCUAAGAACCUUGGAAAGCUAUUUUGCAAAAUAGCCAACAAACGUUACAACCGUGAAAAUGACUAUAACUGCGUCCUUGUAGAGAAAUCACGGAACAGCAUAAGCCUAGAUGAAGUUUUGUUUAUGGAGAGUCACAGACAGGCUAUGAAGGCGGAUCCUUGGCACGUGACCGAGAUCCCCUCAUAGACUGGUCUCCCAACCAUACCCUUACGACUGGAACCCACAAAGUCAAGAAAACAAUACGUCAGGACGCUUGAGCUGGCGGGGCCGGUGAUGGAACAUGCUGUUAAAUAUCUCAUACUACGGACUCUGUCGAACCACCGGUGUUCUUCAUGGAAGUGGUGCAUUUUAUGACACUUCGAGUUCAUGGGAUAUUUCAAAUAGUGGGACAUCACUGUUAUCGAAAAAUUACAAAAAAAUAAUAUUGCAAUAAUAUAAAUUAUGCAUAUUGUUUUACUAUCACAUAUUAUGUGAAAAAGAAAAGAAAAGGGAAAAAAGGCAAAAGAGGAUUGCGAAACAAAAAAAGAAGAAGAAAAAAUCAUAAAAUAUGUUCAUCGGAACAAGGUCAAAAAUAGUUGGACUGUUCCUGAAAGUGUGUAUAUUGAACUAUAUAUGAUUAGUGUGUUAAGUAAAACAACUGAAGAAUUGACAAGGAGGCCAAGAUAAAGAGGAACAGAAAUAAAAGAGGAUGUGUCAAUGUAACAAGUGUGUCCGUGUAUUUUAUACACCUAAGAUGAACAGUUACUACCCGGAAAAAAUGUACUUAUAUAUCAAUCGUAAUACAGUUGUGGUGUAUUACAAUACACACCGACCUGACUUAGCAACAUAGCAGGUCUGUUUACAAAAACAAGCACACGACUGAGUUGCCAUAUGGGGCAGGUACUGCUACUCGACUGUAAAUGUUGUGUAUUAAGACAUAUAGUUUUAUCAGAUUCCCAAAAAGGAGACAUCGUUCGAGAAAAAAUUACACAGCAUUACAUGCUAGUCGUGUAAAAUGCUUAACAUUGAAGUUGAAAUUCUUAAUUAUAUUUUACACUUUAGAAACAACUUCUCGACUAUUCAUACCUUUGUAAAUAUCUUUGGUUAGUGAUAGAAGCGUAUGGAACAGCAUUGCAUGGUAUACUGUUGUUAAUAUGUUUACACAGUCAUGUAAAAAGGAUGUUUGUUCGUAAUUAAUUGGUGUCGUUAUUCUUGUACAUAUUUUUCUAAGAAUUCAUUCCAUUUUUAUUUGUAGAAUUUAUAACGACGAAGUAAUAAUACGACAAACUACUGAUCAGAGAUAAGGUAUAUGCAUGUACAUUAUCAUUUAAUUAACCAUUGUUAUGUAAAUAAAUAUCUUUAAGUCAAUCUUACUAUUUUGUUAACCAUUGUGAUGUAAAUAAAUAGCAUCAUGUCACUCUUACCAAUUAUUCCGUUGUAUAUAAAAUUUGAUUGAUAUUAUUGAUUGAAUCAAUGGAAUAAAAGUUCGGAA